AUGCUGGUUGAUGAACCAGAAGAAGAUGAAACGGAAGUUAAUGCUGAAGAAGAUCAAGAUCAGCUAUCUCCUGAAACUGAACAUUUGAUGAAAGAUAUUGAUGACACUUUGGAAGUUGGGAAAUCAGCAGGUAAAGUAGUUGUUGAUGAUGACGAGAAAAGUUUAUCUAGUUCAGAAGAUGAUGUUGAUGCUGAAGUUGAUAAAUGGAUCAAAGAAAACUACGAUCCAAGAGAUAGAGUGCAACAAAAGAAGAGAAAAAGGAGUACGGAUGAUGAUGAUGAAAUGCAUGUACCACCAGAGGAUGUUCAAGUUGUACAAACACCAUCUUUAGGAGGCCGAAAGAAAUCUACUUCAAGAAAACAGGAGAUAACUCUUGAAAAGCUUGAUGAUUUUAGUUUCGUAAACGAUCUUGUGAAAAAGCUGCAAAAGAAAGUGGAUGAGGUGUCAAGUGAGAAAAAGAAGUUAGAAAAACGUGUCAAGUCUGUUGAAGUUGAAAAUUCAUCUUUGUUGAAAAAGGUUGAAGCCGAUCAAGCCGACAUAGAUAUUCUUAAAGUUCGUAUAGCUGAAUUGGAAGAAGAAAAGGCUCGAAGGGAUGAGCAGAAUGAGUACUUUAAGUUGAAAAACAAAGAGUUAGAAGCCAAGAACGCUAAGAAAGAACAUGAAGAUUAUAUGAUAAAGAAAGUGAUUGAAGACUUGAUUGGGAAGCCGAUUGAACAAAGAUUUGAAGAGAUAGAACUUGAAGAAGUAAGAGCAAGACGAAAAGCUGAAAUUGAAGCUGAAAUGAAAGAUAAAGGUAUAGGUGUUCCAGUUGAAGGUGUUGCUCAAGUAACAGAAAGGGCAAUUGUUCUGACGAAGCCGACAAAAGUUCUAGAUCCUUGUCCAAUAACUACAGUUUCUGGUGAGAUUGACGAUGAUGAAGAAGAUGAAGAUGAUAAUCUGAAAGAUGAUGCAGAUGAAGUGUAUUCUGUUCAUAGUGAUGAUGAUGACGAUGGUAAUGAUGAUGAUGAUCAAGGUACUUCGGAUAUCAAAGUGACUGAAGCGUCAAAUGAAGAGAAUAUUGAUGAUUAUCUUCAAGAUGAUGCAAAUGAAGAAUCAGAAAGUUGCUACGAUAUGUUUUCAGAAAGCUGCAUGACAACUGAAACAGUGAUUGUGUACAAAGUUGGGAAUGAAAGCAAAUACAUUCAUUUGUAUGAUCCAAUGUGGAUUGUGAACUGUUAUGCAAAGGAUAUCGAGUGUUUGUUUGUAAACAAGAUUGGGUAUAAAGCUGAAGAUAAAGAUCAAGCUUUGCAGUUUCAGAAAGUUGCUAUAAUUUGUUUUCAGAAAGGAAUAUAUUCUAAAAAUAUAUGGUUAUCAAAGUGGAGAAAGAUUGAAAAGGAAGAGUUUCUGAAAGCUGAGAAGGAAAGAAAAGAGUGUGAAGAGAAAGACAGAGUUGCUAGAUUUACAGUUGUGCAAAGGCUAGCUGAAGAAGAGCAGAGAGCUGCUAAAGAGAAUGAAAAGCUCAGGAAAGCGUUGCUGAAAAAGCCAAAGCGUCAUGAGGAGAAGUUUAAGUCUUUAUGUAGAAAGUUUUGA